AUGGAGGAAGACGGACUGGAUUUUGCGUUGUCUCGGCCUUUGGAUAUUGCCGAAGCUGGGGAAUCCUUAAAUGAAAUGUCACUUACACAAACAGUUGAAGUUUACAAAGUGGAGGAAGCUGAAUUUGCAGAUUUUGAGAUGUUUGAAGGGCUGGAUGAUUUUUUUGAUACCAAUGAAGAAGACAAAAAUCGGUUUGGGCCAUUGGUUGAAGAGGAGGAGAUAUAUUCUAUUAAAAAGUCGUUUGAAAGCGAGAACACGCGUAAAAACACUAAUUGGAGUCUGAGUACUUUUCUAGAAUGGAGAAAAUAUCGAAUGGAAAUUACUGGGGCCUUUAUUCCUGACUUGGAAAAGAUAACGAACGAAACUGAGAUGAAUAACUUAAUGACGAGAUUUGUCUUGGAAGUCAGACGAAAGGAUGGAAACCCAUAUCCACCCAGAUCCUUUUACCAGCUGUGCGUGGGUGGUCUUAACCAGGUCAACGUUUCGCCAAAAGUCAUCAAACACAUAUUCUCGGACACUGAGUUGUAUAAUAUUUAUAAAGAGUACAUUUGCCUUGUUCUCAGUGUAUACGACGACGGGGAUUCGGCUGGACCGUUCUACAGAAGAGCAUUAGAGGGUAGAAAAUUCAGCAAACAAUGUAUUGGUGUAAAUAAAUUGUCAACCAUGAUGAAAUCAAUGUGUGAAGAGGGCGGGUUGAGUGGUAACUUUACCAAUCACUCCGGGAAGCGAACCUGUGCGACGGCUUUGUAUCAGGCGGGGGUACAGGAGCAGGAGAUUAUGGCCCGCACGGGUCACCGUUCCAUCGAAUCUGUUCGCCAAUACAAAAGAGCGUCAGACGACAUGAUGAAGGAAGUAUCCACCGUGUUAGAACCUAAGCGCUUCAGGAAAAGUGAUGAGCCUACCUCUACGAUUACUACAGCUUCCCUUGAUUCACCACGCUCCAUGGAUAUUGACAACUCAGCCUCUGGACCUAUCUUCACCAAUUGCACAUUUAACUUCGGUGGAUUUUAA